CCCAUUUGGCCUCUUCGUGUUAAAAUAAAGGCUCAGACAGGUUCACGUGCCAGCCAGGCAGGGCAAGUCCACCUUUUCCCCUCACCUAGCGCUGAGAUUCACAGACACGAGGCUGGGAACGAGCCUUUGUGGCUCAUUGCUUCCUUCCCCCAACCUCCUAGCUGUGGGGACGCUGAUUAGCUGCAGCUGGGAUCUAGUUGGCCCAGCCUUUGAAAUCGGUCAAUGGGUUCCUUCUCGAGGAAUGCUCCCCCCCUAACUUCAGAGGAGGAGGUGGUGGCUGUGGUGACCUUCUCCAACAUGGGCGUCCUGGUUCUGACCGCCUAAGAGAAGGUAUUACAAGUGGAUAAAUAAUGUGCACUGCUCUGAGCCCAAAGGUACGCAGUGGACCUGGCCUCUCUGAUAUGCAUCAGUACAGCCAAUGGCUGGCCAGCAGACAUGAAGCUAAUUUGCUACCGAUGAAAGAAGAUCUGGCCUUGUGGUUAACCAAUCUAUUAGGGAAGGAGAUUACAGCAGAAACUUUUAUGGAAAAAUUGGAUAAUGGUGCCUUGCUCUGUCAACUUGCAGAGACUAUGCAGGAGAAAUUCAAAGAGGGUGUGGAUGCUAACAAGCCCCCAAAGAACCUGCCCUUGAAGAAGAUUCCAUGCAAAGCCACUGCACCCUCAGGCUCCUUUUUUGCCCGAGACAAUACAGCAAAUUUCUUAUCCUGGUGCCGAGAUUUAGGGGUAGAUGAAACGUGUCUAUUUGAAUCGGAAGGUUUGGUCCUCCACAAGCAACCCAGAGAAGUGUGUCUCUGUUUGCUAGAGCUUGGCCGGAUUGCAGCCAGGUAUGGUGUGGAGCCUCCUGGUUUGAUAAAAUUGGAAAAAGAGAUUGAACAAGAAGAAACACUUUCUGCUCCUUCUCCUUCACCUUCUCCCUCGUCAAAGUCUUCCGGAAAAAGAAGUACUGGGAACUUACUGGAUGAUGCAGUGAAGCGAAUUUCUGAAGAUCCUCCUUGCAAAUGCCCAAACAAAUUCUGUGUGGAGAGACUUUCUCAAGGAAGAUACCGAGUGGGAGAAAAGAUCCUCUUCAUUAGGAUGCUGCAUAACAAACAUGUCAUGGUCCGUGUGGGAGGAGGAUGGGAAACUUUUGCAGGGUAUUUGUUGAAACACGACCCCUGCCGGAUGCUGCAGAUCUCCCGUGUGGAUGGCAAAACAUCCCCCAUCCAGAGCAAAUCUCCAACCCUUAAGGACAUGAAUCCAGAUAAUUACCUGGUGGUCUCUGCCAAUUAUAAGGCUAAGAAGGAGAUUAAAUGAAACUAGGUGGUCACUACAAGGGGACUCUCAUAAUGGCCUGUACCCACGUCUCCAGCGUAGUCAGUUUAGUCCACACGCUCUGAAAAUUACUUUGGAAAAAGAUGUAAUGCAAAAAUGUCAUUAUUAUUGAAAAACGUUCAGAGAAUAGCACUAUUUAUUUUGAUGCUUCUGUAGAAAAUGACCAAUUAAAAGAAAUUCUAAGCUCACAUUUAAAUUAGGAAAAAAGUGUAGGCAGAUUAUUUCUCAUUAUGCGAACACAGUAUUUAGUACAUAUUAGAAAUACAAUUCUAGCUAGAGAUAAAAAAAACUGCUCUUAGAAGAAAAUAUUUAGGAUUUCUAGAUCAGUCAACAGGAAGUGCCUGCCUUAUGUCUACUAAAAGCACCCCAGUCACUUUUAUAAUUGCAGAAUUUUUAAGCUAAUUGUUAAAAAGUGACAAUUAGUGUGAUAAUGUGCCACUAAAAAAUAUUCAGCAGCACUAUAAAUAAGUACAGAGUGUUCACGACAGUAAUACGUUACUGGAAAGGCCACUUCAGAAAAGUUUACAUUCGCUUGGAAGAUUGCCUUAAAGUUUAUUCCUUAUCUAUGACCAAAUAUCUGGGGUACUUUUGGAAGUUUUCAGUACACCCCUUAGAGAAUCGCUUAUGAAGUGUUUCACACAUUCUUAAGCACGUGGCUGUGUUGAGACUGACUUAGUGUAAUUCAUACAUGUACGUGGACAUACAUUUCUAUUUUGACAGAGUAAAUUGUACAGUCAAAUGUUCAUUGACUUCAUGUUAUUUUAAAGCAUUUUCUUAUGAAAAUAUACCUUUAGUUAGUCCUACUUUGCCAUGCUGUCUAGUAAAUUCACUGUAGCUGAUGAUGUUACAGACUUGUGUACACCCUUGUAUACCCAGGACAGGGCUGUUUUGUACCCGUGAGCAGCAAGCUGUUCUCCUCACUGAUUCAAGAA